AGUUUAGUGGGGCCACUCUAGCUGCUCAGAGAACCAUGCCCUCUAGGGAAGCUGCUGCAAAACAAAUGCUGAAAGCUACUUUUGCUUUUGGCCUUCUGCUGUAACACUAAGAACCUUUAGAUUUCUUUCAGUUAGAGAAAGCAGGUACCAUUGUAGGACUGAAAUGGAUACUAAGAAGCCAAGAAAAGGCAGUUUCACAUCCUUCCCCACUUUGAAAGCAAGAAGGAAACAAAAUUUUACCUCCUCAAAGGUUGAGAGUAAGUCUUUGCUUCAAGCCCAGAAGCCAGCCUCCAAGAUCAAGAACUUUAAAAUGACCCGAGUUCUGCGGAAGAGUGCCAACACCAGCAUUCCUGCACUCCCUUAUGUGGAUACUAAAGGGAAGAAGAGUAUGGUUAACUUCCCUCACAUCAAUAGCAAAGUCCUUCUGAAGCCCCCUGUGCUGUAUCAGGACAGUAAAAGUCACAGUCAGAUAGCCUCUGAGCUCAAGUCUUCAGAAACAUCUUUCCACUCAAGCGUGAAAACCCAAGAUUGUAAGGUAGAAGAGAAACCAUCCAGGAAGCACAAGGUGCCACUGACGGCCACAGAGGCCCUCAAGUUUUUUAAGAACCAGCUGUCUCCGUAUGAGCAAAGUGAAAUCCUGGGUUACACAGAGCUGUGGUUCCUGGGGCUUGAAGCUGAGAAACUCCAUGUGACUCCUGAGAAAUUCAGCAAGACGAGUUUUGAUGAUGAGCACGGCUCCUACAUGAAGGUUCUACACGAUCACAUUGCAUACCGCUACGAAGUUCUGGAGAUGAUUGGAAAAGGCUCCUUUGGGCAGGUGGCUAAGUGCUUGGAUCACAAAAACAACGAAUUUGUGGCUUUGAAAAUCAUCCGAAACAAGAAGAGAUUUCACCACCAGGCCAUGGUGGAGCUGAAGAUCCUGGAAGCUCUCAGAAGGAAGGACAAAGACAACUCUUACAAUGUGGUGCACAUGAAGGACUUCUUCUAUUUCCGCAACCACCUCUGCAUCACCUUUGAGCUCCUGGGAAUCAACUUAUACGAGUUGAUGAAGAAUAAUAGCUUUCAAGGCUUCAGUUUGUCGAUAGUGCGGCGUUUCACCCUCUCCGUUUUGAAGUGUUUGCAGAUGCUUUACAUGGAGAAGAUCAUUCACUGUGACCUCAAGCCUGAGAAUAUUGUUUUAUAUCAAAAGGGGCAAGUCUCUGUUAAAGUCAUUGACUUUGGAUCAAGCUGUUAUGAAGACCAGAAAGUAUACACCUACAUCCAGAGUCGCUUCUACCGCUCCCCAGAGGUGAUUCUUGGCCACCCCUACAACAUGGCUAUUGAUAUGUGGAGCCUGGGCUGCAUCAUGGCUGAGCUGUACACCGGCUACCCUCUGUUCCCAGGGGAGAAUGAAGUGGAGCAGCUGGCCUGCAUCAUGGAGGUGCUGGGCCUGCCACCGACUCACUUCAUACAAACAGCCUCCAGGAGACAGACAUUCUUUGAUUCCAAAGGCUUUCCCAAAAACAUAACCAACAACAGGGGGAGGAAGAGAUACCCAGACUCCAAGGAUCUCACCAUGGUGCUGAAAACCUACGACACCAGCUUCCUGGACUUUCUCAGAAGGUGUUUGGUAUGGGAACCCUCUCUCCGAAUGACCCCUGACCAGGCCCUCAAGCAUGCUUGGAUCCAUGAGUCAAGAAGCCUCAAACCACGGUCCAGGCCCCAGACCCUGAGGAAACCCAGUUUCAAUAUGACCUCUGAGACCAAGAAAGACAAGCUUCCAGGGCAUCAUCCCCUGGGUAAAAAAGAUGUGGUCACAAAAGAAGAGACUGUAGACAAGACAAAAGAUGGCACCUGCAAGCCUGUUCCAGAUUCAAAUGACCGACAGGGCUCUCUCCAACAGACAGCUGAAUCUGUCCAGCUGCCUCAUCUAGCAGAAGCUUCCGGAAAGCUAGAGGCCGCUGUCAGACCAGAGGAGUCUAAGACCAGCACAGAACAACAAAGCAAAAACUCCUCUCCCAAGAACACGAAUAUUUUACCCCCAAUUGUAUGACCUUUAACGAGGGUGUGUCCUGUUCCUUUCCACCAAUGAUUUGUAUUAGAGACAGCACUUAUAUUGUACAAUACUUCAGAUUGUUGUUUUUUUUUUUUAAUGCAUAAAGGUUUGUUUUAAAAAAAUUCUA